AUGCCGAUGCCUCGUGAAAUCUUGGACGCAAUUCUUUUGAAAUGGAGUGUGAAGUCAGUUAUUUUGAAGUUUGUAGAUGUUACCCGACAAGAUAUCCAAAAGAGGAAUUGGAUAAAGUCAAAAUGGUUCACUGGAUUUCGAUUCAACGAUGUUCAUGAAGCUGUCAAUCCAUCAAGUCUUGAUCUCAAAUUCCCAAAAGUUGAAGUAGACUUUGAAGUUGAUAUUCAAUUGGUUGUAAGUGAUAAGAAGAAAAUCUACUUUGCCCACUCGGACGAAAUUAAGAAAAAUGAUGAGGUUCUUAAAUACAAGCUGAGGGUGACAAAAGAAAUUCCACCUGAUGUAUUACUGAAAUGCAGAAAAUACAAUGAAACAACAGGACUAUAUUGCUAUCGUCAUGAAUUGCAUGCAGGCAUUGAGAUGUCAUAA